AUGGAAGACGGGCGGAUCAAAGACUCCCAAAUCAAGGGUUCAACUUGGUGGAGUCAGGACUGGCUACCUAAAGAAGGACGUCUUAAGGCUCACCGUGCGUGGAUCCCCAGAAAGUCGACAAACGGCGAAUACAUUCAGGUCGAUCUGUUAAAGCCGACAUUCAUCACCAUGGUAGCGACUCAAGGAAGACCACUAGUUAACCAAUGGGUAACAAAGUAUAAGUUAGCGUACAGCAAUGAUGGCCAAUCAUGGAAUGAAUAUAAGGGAGAUUGCAUCAAGAUUUUUCCUGGAAAUUCAAACUACUACACCAUUGUGACCAACAAGCUUGAGGUUNAAUUGAAUAAAUUAAAAAGGAUAUGGCUUAAAAAUGAUAAGAACGUAGAAGCUGAGGCCGAAAGGGUGAACGGGAACGCACCACAAAACAUUUACUUCCGGUCUCAUCUUCUUUGCUAA